AGUCUCCCGAAGCUCGCAAACAUGAAGACUUAUGUUGCCGUUGUGCUCCUUUUUUUUUGUAAUGCUCCGUAUUCCGCCUGUCAGAAGAGGGGCGCGAGAGGUGGCACAGGGCACAUGGUGACGAAUAUGGUAACGAAAGAGUGCAAGACCGUCGGAAUGACCGAGGCAGGUAUCAGGAUCCUGAAGAAGUCGAUAGCCGUGCAACAACAGGAACAAGAGAAACCGUCGAUGAGUCCGGAAGCAAUGGAGAAACUCCAGACCCGCGUCAAGGAGCUCAAUAAAUCGGGCGGUAUGAGUGAAACCGAUCUUGCCUUCUGGGAUACAUGCUCUGAGAACAUAAAGAACAAAUUCAUGGCCCGAAGAGGAGGCGCCAAAGCAAAGGAAGAGAAGAAAGAGGAAGAUAAAAAGGAUGAGGAGAAGAAGGAAGAGGAGUAGAAAAGACGGCGCCUUAUUCGAUGGUUCUGAUCUCGAUCGGGACCGAGAGAACGUAUAGAGCCAGCAGGGUGUGUUGAGAGUUCAAUGGGAAAUCAGGUGAAGUCGUGGUCAUCGAGUCACCGAGUCGAUCAUCGAACUCGGGUUGACCACGCAGCCCUUUCCACAUUGAUAGAGGAAUAAAAUGUGUGCAGAAUCU